AUGGAGGUUGUGAAAGAUACACCCUGCAGUUCACUGAAAUUGGUGGAUGAGGCUUUGGAAUUUGAGUUGGCAAUGAUGGGAGCUGAAGAGGGGGGCACUAACAAGUGGUGUUCCUUGUCUGAGGGUGAACCCGAAGAAGGGGCAGACAAGGUUUUUGCAAAUUUUCUUCCAGUUGUGGGGAAUCAUAAACUAUUGGUCCAGGAUCUUUGGGAUGGGGUGGGCUGGAAAUAUGAUGAAGUGCGACCAUUGGUUGAUGAGUAUAUGUUCCAGAAAAUUACUCUAUCUAAUGUCCGUGUUCGGGAGGGUAAUGAUAUGCUGGUUUGGAAGCACACGGUGGAUGAGGCCUUCACUACGAAGUCGGCUUGGCAAAUUAUUAUUGCUCGUAGUAGUAUUUGUCCUUGGAAGAAGUGGCUUUGGCAAGAUCAUGUCUCUAAGAAAAUGUCUUUUUUAUGUUGGUUGGCAUGCCAAAAUGCUAUUCCAGUUGAUACCAUUAUUCAACAGCUUGGGAGUCUGGUUGUUUCUAAAUGCCAUUGCUGUAUGGAUAAUAAGGUUGAGACAGUGGAUCAUGUGCUGUGUGAUGGGGAAGGAUCGAGGAAGGCAUUGUGGUAUUAUUCCUAUAUUGAUUUUUUGGGCUAUUUGGAAAACCCGAUGUACGGCACGAAUGUAAAAUAUGAAUUUGAAUCAAAAGUCAUUAUUCGGAUGAUAAAAGGUCUACUUGCAGAUAUUUCGGGGUCCAUGAGAAUGUUUAGAGUGGUGAGGGAGCAUGACUUGGGAGUGUUGAGGGAACUCAACUGUCCCGUGGUGCCGCCUAUAGUUAAAAAUCUGAAGUUGAUUACUUGGGCCCCGCCAACAGGGGACUUCUCUAAGCUCAAUGCAGAUGGUGGCUCACUUGGGAAUCCUGGGAUGGCUGGUGGGGGAGGUGUUGUUCGGGAUGUGAAUAUGUGA